GGUUAGGACCGAGRCACUUGACUAGGAUAUCUGACUGCGUCAUCUGAAGGACCCGAUGGAACCCGACACGAUGGGGCCACAACCGAUCAUGGGCGAAGUAGGAGAGGAGUACMRGACAUCGCCCGAUCGCGCCCUGAGAGAUCUGAAAGACCGAAUUAGGCGUGAAGCGCCGCUGAGAUGGGCCGACCAAACCAAUGGAGGASGACCCGACGAAAGGGGCGAACCGGCAGUGACAGAGCCGCGGGGAGCUCUAAAGACAGRCAUCUCGAGCGAACGGGGGGAAGUGACGAGGAGACGCUCUCCCGAGUACGAGCGAAGAGACACCACAGCGGACAGGCACGGAGACGACUGGAGAGAGAGUUUGAGGGAUUUCUAUUGGAGGGACAGAGAUAGAGACAGGGCGCCGCUCAGGCGAGUCUUCGACCCCCAAACAGGGGAGUCGCAUCCGCUUCCUUACGAGAGCAAGGAUCGCUAUAUUAUUGCGCACAAGGCCUCGGAGCCUCCUACUUUCAGGGGCUAUGGUAUCACUGAAUAUCUGGAGAAGUGGGAGCUUCAUGCCUGCCGGAGUCGGUGGUCAGAGGAAGAGAUUAUAGAGAACUUCCUAUUUAAUGUAGACCCAAGUCUCGGUAGGGAAGUCAAAGAAGCUCGACCAAAGGAUGGAAGAUGGGCUACUUACAARAAGAAUCUCAUGGAGCUUUACAAAUUAGAGGAUAACAAGUAUUCCAUCAGAGACCUAGAAACAAUAACUCAAGAAGAAGAUGAGAGCGUGCGGGCAUUUGGGAUGCGUUUCCAGAAGAUCUCUGACGUGCUGAUGAAGAAGGGGAAGAUCCCACAGGUCGAGCGCUGUACAAUCUUCAUCGGACACUUGUCCAAAGGUAGGCAAAAGAGUAUACUUAGAGAUCUUCCGCGCGACAGGCUUGAUUUCCCUGAAGUCCUAAAGCUCGCGAUAAAGGCAGAGGCAGACGAUUACAAGGACUUGGUGUGGAAGGGGAUGAGAAGGCGUGACUUCUCUCUCUACAAGGAGUAUGCCACGGAUAGAUGUCCUGAUUUCAAAGACUAUCCCUGGUCGGAGAAGAAUGAGGCCGUGGCUGAGGAAGUGAAGGAGAUACGGGAUAUGGUGAAGGGAUUAACAAGGCAGGUUACCAAGAUUGUAUCCACUACAGGGGUCACGGCAUACCGGGACAAACCUGGAGGCCCCUAUUCACUUCGCUGGGACCGUAGGAACAGCGAUCCCUGGAGGAGCGUCGAGGAUAGAAAUCCUCGGACGCUGACUGAUUACCGAAUGAGGGUAAGAGAGAGAGACGAUGAGCCAUGGCGGCGUAGGGAUGAUGAGAUAGACCGAGACCGCAGAGAUCGUGACCGGUUUGUACGUAGCAAGAGGCUGGACGAUUACCCGCGAAGCCCUCGCUAUGAGGCCGAUCGGGAAAGAGGCGACUCCCGCGGCCGAUGGGAGACAGAUCAGGAUCGACGAGAUGGAUGCGGGGGCGACAGAUACGAGAGAUCGGACCGAGAUGGUUACAGGGAUGACAGAUACGAGAGGUCGAGCCGAGGUGGUAGGUAUGAGAGAGGAGAUCGGGACUGGGAACGACGAGAUGGGUCGCGCGGACGGUUUGAGCGCGGGGAAGACAUGAGAGGACAGCGCGACUCGCGCGGGGAAGACAUGAGAGGACAGCGCGACGAGUCGCGAGGAUGGUACAACCGAGKAGCCCGAUGGGAUGAGUCACGAGGGCGAUUUGACUCGGGGAACCGCCGAUAUGAUUCGCGAGGGCGGUACGAGCAAGGGGGGUCUGGAGGAGACAGGCGCAACGAUUCGUGCAGUCGGAAUGAGAGAGGGGAAUAUGGUGUCUCAUCAGAACCAUAUCCAAAGUCACCUGACCCCAACGCGGCCAGGAAAUCGAUGUCUAGGGGGGCGGAUGACAGGGCGUCUACUCCUAGGAACUCAUGCGUCUAUUGUAGGGGAGAAGAUCAUAUCAAAAGGGAUUGCCCGGACCUUAAACGGGCAAUAGAAGAGGGACUUGUCGUGCUUGACGAUCGCAAGUACGUCAAGUGGCCAGAUGAUCUCGGAGAUGUAUCGAUGUUCCCUUCGAUGAAGGAGAAUGUCGAAGCAAGGAAAAUAAAGACGAAUAGAAGAACGGAGCCGGUCAGGAGCCAGAGCAUCAAGAUAACUUUUGAAGGGGACGCGAGAAAGAGUCCUACGUCUAUUCAGAUUCACACAAGAAUUCCCAAAAUUUUCUGAUACGAAGCCAAGAACAUUCAUGCGUAAAAAGGACAUGCCGGGUUCCGUUUAUUCCGGAAUUGUUAAUUAUCGAGUCAAAUUUCUAGCGCGCUUGCUAAGGCACGAGUAAUUCCCAUAUAUUUCCCGAAUUGAGAAAAGAUAAAAUUCCAAAAACCAA